AUGUUGGAACUCUAUUUUCAUUACGAAGAUGUAUCACGUCAGGAUCCGUUGCUCAAACUGAAUCACGCCAACGUUAUGGAAGUUCCUGGAUUGUGUAAAAUAAGAGUAGUACCAAAGGCAGCACCUUCUAUCAAAAAUGGAAAAUUGGCUAUGGAGAUUCCGUGCGGUCAGAAAUGUUUACAGACACAAAGGUCUUCGACAGGAAAGUCCUUUCGAUCCUCUUCUAUGACUUCACUUCGCUUCGAAAAGUUCGUUGGGUCAAAUAAAGACAAAAAAGGAUAUGUCAGUGACCUAGCACGACAAAGCACUCUCCGAGGGCAUGGAAUGUCUAAUUUUUUGGUCAGAAUCUCCACAGUAAUGUCUCUAUUAGAUUCUCCGGUCGAAAUACGGGAAAACUCUAUUCAAUUCUCGAUGGAAACGGAGUUUUGCGAAUUCUCCCCAGAACUGGAAGAUCAUUUCGAGAUCUUCGAACAUAUUCGAGGGUUCAAUGUGACUAUUGUAACUUCGUCCAACACACAAGAUGAGACUUUACCACCGUGGAGCGGCUUUUUGCAAAAAGAUGAGGGUCGACGAUACAAACGAAGCGAAGCGAAGUGA